AUGAAGAAGCAGUACCAGGAUAUAUUCAAUGUGAAUGAGAUAGAGAAGCAGAAAUGCAAAAGAUCUACACGCAGAAUUCAACAAGCAGAUGGAGGUUUAACUAGUGAAGAAGCUCAGAGUCUUCUAGUUGAGUCUGCUGAACAGCUGAAUAUUCAACUCUGCCAGCCUCCGCCAACUGAGCCUGCAUCACGCCAACGGGCUCCACAACGCUGCAGCAAUUGCGGCACUCUCAGACACACAAGGAUAAGAUGUCCUCAAUCUAGGAGCUUCGCCGGCAGUCAUUGGCUUCGGAACCAUCGCAGUGCGUCGGAUCUUCUGCAGUGA